GGAAAGCGUCCACCAAGACAACAAACCGGAGUGAAGUGGGAGCUUUCACUCCCUUCUUUUAAGGAAGGGAUGUGAGUGAAGUGAAUGAGGUGAACAAGGUGUUUGCUUUAUGUCUCUCCCUUUCAUCUCCCUUGCCUUUCUAAAAAAAUCACAUCCUCCACUACAUUUAUCGCUUCCUUUCAUUUCUCGACAGACGAAAUAACAGCCAACUCUACGCGUAAACCCUUAUCUUGAGCCUUUACCAUUGAGGGUUACCUUCUGUUCUUGUCUAAGGAUAUCGAAACCGUUCACCUGUCCGUGUCCUGUCUAGUUCAACAGGAACGAACGGAAUGGUCUUCCUGCGGCUGACCGUGAAGGUCUACCCACCCGAGUGCUUACAGAACAGGGACGACAUUGAGUCUUCCCCAGCGAAGCCUGUGAGCUUCUUACUUGUCCUUGACAACUCGGAGGAUGUCACAUUAGCAGGGUUGGCCGGGUUGAUUCAGAAGCAAUGGAAGACGCUACGGCCUAAUGCCGAACCGCUCAAUAUCAAAAAGCUUGUGGAUGAUGAACACGACUCCGUUGACCUCGACAUUAAUCUUACUGUCGCCGAUGUCUUUGUGGAUAAAGGCAAGGCACGCACGGAAGGAUUCGACCAGCAUGCUUUUGUUCGCGUUAUCCAGAAGCCCAUUCCGUAUAUCCCUACGCGAUACCCAUCGGUCGUCCAGGAUUGGGCUGGUGCGGCACAAGAAAAUGAGGGCAAUGGGAACACUACAAGGAAGUACAAAGACUCCAAGUCGGCUGUACAUAGGUUUGAGACUAUCGACGAAGAGCCUGGUCCAUCCGCAUCUCCCGACGUCACAGUUAAUGGCAGGAGGAAUUUGCUAAGAGAUACCCCCGUGUCGUCCGUGGAGAGGGACGACCUACUCUCACUGACGCACCCGAAGACGAGAUCCCCUCGCUUGGAGAAAUCGCGUGGUACGGAAGUUAUAUCUGAGACUCGGCGUUUAGGGAGUAUAGAGUUAGGAUCGCCCGAUUUCCGGCUCCCCGUGGUGCAGAACUCGAACUCAAUCAUGGCUAAAAUAGACCACGGAAUGGGAAAUGGCACGUCUACUCCGUCCCGUAAGAGGAAGAAGAGUCCUGUGGAAAUGGUCUCGCAGAAGGAGCCGCGACUGGAAAAGCCCAAUGGACGUACUUUAAGGGAAGAUAUUCCUGAUUCGCAGACUGCCCGCAACCGGUCGCUAUCUUCUGCUGGGAGUGAAAAGACAGGGCCAUCAGAAUCAGUAACCCCCAAGAAACGUGGCCUUGGCCUAGGAAUUACCAGCAGCCCUGUUUUUAAGCGAAGCAUAGUGUUCAAUCCUCCCGAUGAGUCGGCAAAAUCAGAUGCCCAGCAACCUACACAGCCUUUUUUCACCGGUCCUGUGUAUGCUCAUAACGUACCUGACUCUUCUGAUAAUUUGGACGACUCAGCGCUUCCGAAGGUUCGCGAUUCAGUGCUUCAAGAAGCAAGGAAACUUCACUCAGCCCUUCGCGGCCAAUCACCAAGUAAUGGCUCUCCAAGUCAAAACUCGUCGAAUAAGGCCACCCCAGGUAAGGGACGGUCUGUGUCCUUCGCGAAGCCGGAGAAACCUAACAAGCUUACUCCUGUUUCCAAAUCACGCCCUAAUGCAAAGGAACGGCUCAAAGAGCGUCUCGAGCGAGAGACGAGCGAAUGCAAGAAUCUUAAGCAGAGAAUCGACAAGCUAGAGGAGAACCGGGGGGAUCUUAAAUAUAUCGGACUACUGCGCAAGGUGCAGGAAACAUUGACCGAGGUCCUGAGGCUUGAGAGGAACAAGCAAAAGAAUUCCGCUCAGAGGGCCAAAAUCUUACGACCAGAACUCGAAUCCUACUGGAAGGAGCUUGAAGAAUAUGAAGCUUCGAUAGGUGCAUCUCCAUCGCAAACCGAGAACAGAGAGCCGGUGACUACUCCUCUGCCCCAGAAAAAUAAUACGGACAGAAACACCGACAACAAGACCCCACUAUCUCAGGGGUCUGUCCAAAGCAAAUCAUCAAGAAAGACGAGAUCUGCGUCAGUAAAUGGCCAGACAGUUCCCGCACCAGAGAAACAAUCUGAAAAUGGCCGGAGUCCCGCUCCGUCUAGUUCACCGGUUAAGCCUGCUUCCGCAAAGAAGACACCGGCCGCAGCAAACUCUCAAGUUGUAGAAGACGUCAUGGAUAACACUCCCGUUGAGAAGGGUUCUGCCCUGUCAUUUGGAGAUGACACAAAGCUAUUGCCGUCUGACGAUGGCUCUCCUGUCAAAACAGAACCGGCUGACAUGUCUUCUUCUUCUGGCUCAGACGGCGAAGAAGAGUAUGAAAACAAAGGCGAAGACAAAACCGAAAGCGGCAGCGGCAGUGAUGACAAAACUAAAGUUGAAAUCAAAAAUAAGCCCAAAAGUGAAAAUGAAAGUGACAACGAUAGCGUCAACGAGGACGAAAGCGACGACGACGACGACGACGACGAAGAAGAAGAAGAAGAAGAAGAAGAAGAAAGUAAAGAAUCAGAAGUCACCAAAGCAGACCUCCUCCGCAAAGUAAACAUUGCUUCCUCGCCGCCGUCAAAGUCACCUCUCCCAUCUCAACCGUGGCAGCCCGUGAACAUACGAGUGGCAAAUACGCAUUCGUCUCCUUUCGCCAGAACUACUACUGCUGCUGCUACCCCAAGAGACAGGAGCAACAGAGUGACACUUCGGUCCCUGCUUGCGGAUCAGAAUGCUGAGAAGGAGAGUGCGCGGAAGCCUGCACCGUCGUCUCAGCCCGUGCAAAAGCCGAAGAAAAGCAUUUUUGAUCUUACAGACGAUGAUGAUGACAGUAGCGAUGGUUACCUCUCCGAGUAAUGGAGACUGGUUAGAUUAGAUGUUCUAUAAACCUGGGGGAACUUGGUCUAGUUGUGGACUUUGUGUAAAUAAAGUACACGAAGUUAUAUUUGUACAUCAAUCAGCAUGGAGACCAACAGAUCAGGUAAUCCGUUGUCAGGUAUUACUUGUUGACAGAAGUCUAUUAAAUGCCAUGAUCAGGAAAUGGCUAAUGCUCUCUACUGUUACUGUCAAUGUGUCGCUGGGAUAUACGGGCUUGUAUCUAUUUCCCAAGGUUGAUAUGUAUUC